CAGAUUACCUCUGUUAGACCAUAUGUUUUGUGGGACGAUUCGAGUCGAAACAUAAACACAGCCGAGCAAACCCGUCCGAGUCUUAUGAAUUGAAUCGGAAAUAACGCUGUUUUUAUUUCAUUUGAUUUGUUAGAAAGGAGGAAGUGCUUUCUUCGACCGAUCCAACUACAUUAUGAUUUCCGAAGUAGACCUCAUAAACAAGGACAGUUCAGUACGAGUUGCUGUCAGAAUCCGACCUCAAAACUCAAGGGAGCUAAUAGAUAUGUGUCGCAUUUGCACGACAGUAACCUUUGGCGAACCUCAGAUUUUUCUUGGGUCGGACAAAGCCUUUACCUUCGACUAUGUCUUUGACACCAAUUCCAAUCAGUGUGAUAUAUACUCGGAAUGCGUGGAGCGGCUGGUGGAUAGCACGCUGCAUGGCUAUAACGCCACCGUUCUGGCUUACGGACAAACAGGAUCUGGCAAGACCUACACGAUGGGCACUGGAUUUGACCAUGAAUCCGAGUCAUCCGAGUCCGCUCUGCUUGGCAUUAUUCCACGGGCGGUUCGCCACAUAUUCAGUGGUAUCGAACAGCUGGAAGCCUCCAGCUCUGGCCCAGAACGCCCAGCGGCUGGUGGAAGUCCGCAGUUCAGUCUGGCUGUUCAGUACAUCGAACUAUACAACGAGGACAUAUUUGACCUGUUGGACCCAUUCAACAAGAAUAGCAAUUUUAAGAUACACGAAGAUGCCAGCGGACAAAUAACCAUAUCUGGGGCCUCAAUAAAGCCGAUCUUUCAACCUCAAGAUGCCUUAAAGUACCUCCAGCAAGGAGCCUUAGCUCGCACCACUGCCUCAACGAAAAUGAACGAUCAGUCGUCGCGAUCUCACGCUUUGUUCACGAUUUUCGUGCGCAGACAACGAUUACUUGCCCCGAAUGACAAUGGGUCGGAUAACGAUUUGGAAACCCUAACUUCGAAGUUCCACUUUGUCGAUCUGGCUGGCUCCGAAAGGCUCAAAAGAACCCAGGCCACGGGCGAACGAGCCCGCGAGGGCAUAUCCAUCAACUGCGGGUUACUUGCCCUAGGCAAUUGUAUCUCGGCACUCGGAGACAAGUCCAAGAGAGCUUUGCACGUACCGUAUCGGGACUCGAAAUUGACCCGCCUUCUCCAGGACUCGUUGGGCGGCAAUAGUCAAACUUUAAUGAUCGCCUGCGUCUCGCCAAGCGAUCGAGACUUUAUGGAAACCUUGAAUACCUUGAAGUACGCGAACCGCGCAAGGAAUAUCAAGAACAAAGUCAAGAUAAACCAAGAUCAGAGUUCUCGAACGAUCUCCCAGCUACGAAGAGAAAUUGCAGCAUUGCAGAUGGAGUUGUUAGAGUACAAACAGGGCAAGCUUGUGGUGGAUUGCGAAGGAAACACAACAAUUUCGGAUACAUUUAAUGAGAAUACACUGCUUCUAUCGGAAAUCAAACGACUGCAGCAGCGGCUCAAAUCGCUACAAAACACAGUUGUCACUUUGACCGAAAGAAAUGCGGAGCUUAAAAUAAAACUGGAUUCCAAUAAGUGGAUUGGUAACGAUAGUUCUGACGUCGAAAUAACAAAGGUGGUCGGACAAUACAUGCUGGAGAUCGAACAGCUCCAGAGUAAACUAAUUGAGUCUGAAGAACAUCGCAAGCAAAUGGAAAUUUCAGCGGCACACUCGCCCAAAAACACCAAACCCGUCUAUGAUGGCGAUAUCAUAACCAAAGCUAAACGAGAUUUGGAAAGGGAACGGGAACUCUUGAUGUCGCGUUCAUUGCCAGGAAUUCAAAACCAAAACGUUAGCUCCGAGGAAGCAGACGCCGGCAGUAGCGAUUCGGAAGCUGAGGGGGUGGUGAAGGACUUGGAAGCCAUUGAAAACGAUAUCGAAAUGAGGACCAAACUAAUUGAACAACUAGAGUUGACCAACGAGAGAUGCGAACUAAUGCGAAUGCAAUACGAAGAAAAACUAUCCGUGUUGUAUUGCAAAAUCGAAAACACGCAAAAGGAACGAGACGACGUCUUGGCAAAUAUGGUUUCAUCUGUGUCAGUGCCUUCGAAGGAUAGCUUGAAAAAAGUGAAGUCGGACUAUGAAGGCAAGAUUAGCAACAUGCAGUUUGAGCUAAAGAAAUUGCAGAACGCCCAGAGAGAACACCUUCGACAGCAGCAAAAACUCAAAGCCCACGAAGUCAAGAUAAAUACGCUGCGCAGCGAGCUCAGUGAGCUGAAAUUCACAAAAGUUAAGUUAAUGAAAAAGAUGUCGCAACAAUCCAGCCGCCACAAAGAAGAGGAUAGUCGUAAAUCCAAGGAAAUUGCUCAGUUGCUAAAGGAACAGCGCCGCCAAAAAAAUGCUGUCUUAUCGUUGGAAGCCAAAGUGAGUGCAAAGGAGCAGAUUCUGAAGCGAAAAACAGAGGAAGUUAUUGCCCUGCGCAAGAGUCAACGGGGAAAGUCCGGCCAAAGAGCACCUCCACAUCUAGCUUCGAAAAUCGCCACUUUAGACGGCUUCACUUCUCGAUCCGCACGACAUCGAUGGGACAAGCUUUACCGCACAAUAUUGAACGCUGCCAGAAACAGACAGCUCAUCACGCAGCUGGAAAAGGAGCUAGAACGACUAAUAUCGGAGCGGGAGGAUCUCUCACGUGAGCUGAACAUAAUGGAAAAUAGUUCAGGCGCCGAGAGGCGAACAGAUGAGUUCAACGAAGUGGACAACCUGAGAACCAACAUUAGUUACAUUCAGGAAAACAUAGAGCAUGUACAGCAGGCUAUAAUGGAGUUUGAAGACUCAAAAGACACUGUGCAGAGCGAUGUAAAUAAGAUUCAGAGCCUGCUGGACGAGGUCUCAACCGUGGCGGAGGCUAAGUUCAUUCUUCAGAAGUUUUCCGACAGCUCCAUAGUAAUGUCGUGCAACUUGUCUAUCGCCGAAUCACGUUUACAGGAGCAGGAAUCGCUGCUUAAGGAGGCUAAGCAAGAAAACGACAUUCAGCAGCAAAUACUACAACAUUUUCUAACACAAAACAGUAACGUGCAUAUAGCUGACAUAUUUGAUUCCCUAAAUCUCAAAGGCAGCAACCUCAUAAGUAGUGCAAGCCCGGGCUCUCAAAAGUCGUUAGUUAGCAAUGCCACAUAUGACAUCCCGCAAGACGACAAAGCUUCAGACUCCGCCCACGUGGAAAUGCGCAGGACGACGAGUAGAAGUCCUUCGCCGUUUGGAAAUGCAGACUCGUUUGAUAAAAGCCCCAAAGUGCGCAGACGAACUGCCAAGCGACAAGAUCUUCUUUUUGGGGACACAGAACUUCCAGAACAGCAGACUAUUAACAAAAUGACGUGAUCAUGCAUUGGAAGAUGAGGUCAUAAAACGAAAGCUGCGAUUGGAACAACAAUAUUAAUUUAUAUCAAAUAGCGAACAAAUAAUCAAAAGACAGGGCAGUGAUUUUGGAGCUAGCCCUAACAAAGUUAUUCUAUGCCUAUAUCAAAAUUAACUUAUUAACCGUUUUGCUCUUUCUGCAGGUUUUCAAGUUAUCCAAUCUUUUAACAAAAAGUGGCUGUUUUAGAACGAAGGUCAAGUAAAAAGAUUGUGCAACUGGUGUCUUCCCAGAAAAUAUAAAUAUCAAAAUAAUAGACAAUAUAAUAAUAAUGUAUUAAUAAAUUAUUUUAUAAGAUUUAGAUCCAUAUUUUACUUUAAAAAUAUAUAUAAAAAAGUUGACUUUAUGUGUUCCUUUAAGGGAAUAGCUGGAUAAGUUGUAUAGAAAAUAUAGUUUUGAAAGGACCAGCAAUAAAACACAUUUACUUAUAAAGUUUAA